GGCAAUGGCGUCUCAUCAGGUUUUCUUGUUUGCAUGCGCCAUUGCUCUUGUGGCUUCUUUAUCAAUGGUUUCUUCUGAAGUUAUCGAGCAUUCUUUUCAUGUGCAAAACCUUACUGUAAACAGGUUAUGCCGUAGACAAGUGAUCACUGCAGUAAAUGGAAGUCUUCCUGGCCCAACGCUCCGUGUUCGAGAGGGCGACACCCUUGUCGUUCAUGUCUUCAAUAAAUCACCAUACGAUCUCACUAUUCAUUGGCAUGGAGUUUUCCAGCUAUUGAGUGGGUGGGCAGAUGGACCCGAGUUUGCGACCCAGUGCGCGAUCCGACCCGGGAAAAUCUACACGUACAGGUUUAACCUAACGGGACAGGAAGGAACUCUGUGGUGGCACGCCCACGUGUCAUGGCUACGAGCCACGGUUCAUGGUGCCCUCAUUAUUCGUCCCAAAUAUGGUCGCUCUUUUCCUUUCCCUAAACCUUAUAGGGAAGUCCCCAUCCUCUUAGGAGAAUGGUGGAAUGCCAAUGUUGUGGAUGUGGAGAAUGAAGGGCUAGCUACCGGAGGUGCACCUAAUAACUCAGAUGCUUACACCAUUAAUGGCCAGCCAGGCGAUCUUUACCCUUGCUCUUCUAAUAAAACAUAUAAGCUAAUAGUGAAACAAGGAAAAACAUAUCUCCUUCGCAUCAUCAAUGCUGCACUCAAUAACCAGCUCUUUUUCAAGAUUGCCAAUCAUAACAUGAAAGUUGUUGCGGUAGAUGCUGCUUACACCAACCCAUAUAUCACUGAUGUAGUUGUUGUUGCACCUGGCCAAACGACUGAUGUCCUCCUAACAGCCAAUCAAGCCCCCGCAUCCUACUACAUGGCUGCAAAUCCUUACUCUAGCGCGGCCGGGGUACCAUUUGACAACACUACUACCACCGGAAUCAUUUUCUAUGAAGGUGCAAAACCAUCAUCAACUCCAAAAUUGCCAAUCCUACCAGCCUUCAACGACACACCAACAGCCCACACAUUUUUCACCAAUUUGACUGGGCUUGUAACUGGGCCAUUUUGGGUUCCUCCCCCUCGCCAAGUAGACGAGCAAAUGUUCAUCACUAUUGGGUUGGGCCUAGUUGCUUGUGGAAAAGCAGGAAAUGCAAUAUGUGCAGGCCCAAAUGGGCAACGAUUAGCGGCAAGUAUGAACAAUGCAUCUUUCCAAUUCCCAACCAAGAUGUCAAUUUUAGAGGCAUUUUUCAACAAUGUGAAAGGGAUUUACACUACAGAUUUUCCAGACCAACCACCCUUGAAGUUUGAUUAUACAAAUCCUAAUAAUAGCUUUAAUCCUGCAUUUGUAAUGACUACAAAGUCGACAAAGGUGAAGAAACUCAAGUUCAAUGCCACAGUUGAGAUUGUAAUGCAAAAUACUGCUUUGAUUGGUGUCGAAAACCAUCCAAUUCACUUACAUGGAUUCAAUUUUCAUGUCUUGGCUCAAGGCUUUGGCAACUACAACCCUACAAUUGACCGAAAGAAAUUUAACCUUUUUAACCCACAAGAGCGCAAUACUAUUGCUGUCCCCGUUGGAGGAUGGGCUGUCAUUAGAUUUCGAGCUAACAAUCCAGGUGUAUGGUUGAUGCAUUGUCAUUUGGAUGUGCAUUUGCCUUGGGGUUUAGCAACAGCAUUUGUUGUUGAGAAUGGGCCAACACCAUCAACUAGGCUACCUCCACCUCCACCAGAUCUACCAAAAUGCUCAUCCUCAUGAUAGUGUUUUACUUUUUUUCUUACAUUAUUAUUUCUGUCAUAAUUAAAAAAUAAUAAGUAAUUUCGUUUUUGUCCCAUCUUGUUAUUUCCAAUUGUACUAAGAGUCGGAUCAUUUACCUUUUUCUCGUUUCAACACAAGGGUUGUACUUGUAAUUAGCUA